UGUUUUCCCAUAAUUCCGCGCUACCGGAAGCCUAUGCUGUGUCUACGCGGAACUGAUGAGGAGAGUAAAUAAAACACCACUGGCAACUUGCGCUUCUUCUCAACACGGGAUUUGAAAGCUGCGAAAAAUGACAAACGUGUACUCUUUCGACGGGAUUCUCGUAUUCGGGCUUCUCUUCAUCUGCACCUGCGCUUACCUGAAGAAGGUGCCUCGUCUGAACAGCUGGCUCCUGUCUGAGAAGAAAGGCGUCUGGGGAGUCUUUUACAAAGCUGCAGUAAUAGGCACACGGCUCCACAUCGCUGUGGCGGCAUCCUGUAUGUGUAUGGCCUUUUACCUGAUUUUUCUGAAAUGACCCCGAAUGAAUCUGUCUUUUUGGACACUGGACUGAACGCCAAUAGAAACGAUCGCCGGCGAAUGUCGUCGGCUGCCGGAGAAGACGCACAGAGAGCCGACUCCACCUGCGGUUUAGCACCCAUUUAAGACCCGCUUUUCAUUUUUGUAUAUGUUUGAAUUAACGUUUCGGGUGAAUUUGGUCUCAGAUCAAGGGUUAAACGGUUACUGAAAGCGCCUGCUCGUGGAUUCAACCUUCACGUCUUUUUCGUAUGUUGUUCUCUCAAACAUUGCACACGUUUUUGCUCGGGCUCAAGAGGGAUACCGUGCUAUGUUAUCUUGUACAAUUUUUGAACAUAAGUUGUUUUUAUAAAAAUGCCAUUUACUGAGAGCUUCGCUAUUUUAGGUUUUGGCGUCGUGAAUGGUAAUGUCAUUAUUUAAAUUGCCCCUAAUGUUUAUAAUAAACGUGUAAGACCAGUUGUUUGAAGCAUGGGAAAAAAAAAAUCCAACGUUUUCCAUAGAAUUCACAGAAACUUUCACGUUAAAAUAGUCAAAACAGUAAUGCUAGAUUGAAAUAAAACUUGUACAACAUUAUUUUUUGAUAUCACAUAUGUGCUGUAAUAUUAUAAUGUACUUAAAUUGAUAUACAUCUCGCGAUUUCUUUGUAAAGAUAUGUCUGUUUGGUUCAGUUUGAUAAAUACCUUGCUAACCUGGCUCACAUAAAACUACAAUAAACAUAUGGACAUGCUUUCAUAUUAUAUGUGAAUAAUGUAAUAUUAUUAGGAAUAUUAAAAUAGCAAGAGGCAAAAACACUACAAGUUGGAUCUUAAAUAUAUUCUUAUGAGGGUUUCGGCUUGCUAACAGUUUAGUAACGGUGCUAAUUUCACUUUUCCGACUCAAGAAUUAACGUAGGACGUGUAUGCAGUGCAGCCGCGCGAAACUAAAUGUUUGGACUCCUCUUUUCUUGUGUUGAUUACAUGCCAAGAUGUUCUUUUGUAUUUAUGCAUUUAAAUGUAUGUCCUAAAGCGUAUCUGAACCUAUCACCAACUCUUCAUGUGCAAAAGUCAACAAUUUAAGUAAAAUGUUUGGCCUGUAAAUGUAUACAGUAAUGCUCUAAAACUACUCUAUAGAAAAUGUUCUAUAUAACUGUUGGGUGUUCAUAUUUGUAAACAUGUGGAACAUAAUACAUAAUAAAUAUUUGAUAUAAAA